UCCCACUCUCGAAAACCCAAACACAAUCUCUUCUUUAACCCCUUUUUGUACUUCCAAAAUUGAAUUAGGGUUUCCAUCUCUCAUUUCCUUCGCCCGGUGCUGAAGCCUCGUUCUCCCUCAUCCCUUCCCUGAUCUUUACCUAUUUGACAUUUCCCGCCAUUUCCCGCUAAGUUACAGCAGCUGGUUACUUCGAUUUUGAAUAGCAGCCGUUUGAUCUGUCAUUUUGAUAUUUAUCUGUUUUUCAAAUUUUUGUUUUGACCGUUGCUCGUCUCGCCGGAGUUGGGGGGAAAUGUCUGCAGUCGAAGCGGAGAAGAAUGUCGAAGAAGAGAAGGAGGUGGUGAGAAGGGGAGAGCUCUUGUUCUGCGGUGGUACGUCCUGGGAUAUUAUUGGUCGUCGUAAAGGUCCAGCUGACGGCAACUUGGUCUCUCCAACUCGGCUUCGUCCUCUCGUUGGGGUUGAUAUUCGAUUCGUUGCAUCUGGAUGUGCAUCUUGUCACUGCGUGGCAUUAGAUGUUGAGGGGCGCUGCUAUACAUGGGGACGCAAUGAGAAGGGGCAACUGGGUCAUGGAGAUACCAUUCAGCGUGAUAGGCCAACCGUGGUAUCUGAACUUUCGAAACAUAAAAUUGUCAAAGCUGGAGCAGGGAGGAACCACACGGUGGUUGUUACAGAGGAUGGACAUUCCCUUGCCUUUGGCUGGAAUAAGCAUGGACAGCUUGGUUCAGGUUCUGUGAAAAAUGAAAUUGAAUCAUCUCCUGUUCGCUGUCUUGUGUCAGAAGUCAAUUAUGCUACUUGUGGUGGUGACUUUACUGUGUGGUUAUCUUCUGUUGAAGGAGCUUCUAUACUUACUGCAGGGCUACCGCAGUAUGGGCAGCUAGGACAUGGAACAGACAAUGAGUAUAAUUCCAAAGACAGUUCUGUGAGGUUGGUUUAUGAAGCCCAACCACGUCCACGGGCAAUUGCUAAGCUAUCUGGUGAAACAAUUGUCAAAGUGGCAUGUGGAACAAAUCACACAGUGGCGGUGGAUAAGAAUGGCUUUGUUUACACGUGGGGUUUUGGCGGUUAUGGAAGGCUGGGCCAUAGGGAGCAGAAGGAUGAGUGGGCCCCACGUCGUGUGGAUGCUUUUCGGGAGAGAAAUGUUCUGCCUCCUGAUGCUGUGGUUUCAGCUGGUUCUGUUAACUCUGCAUGCACUGCAGGUGGAGGGCAAUUGUAUAUGUGGGGCAAAAUAAAGAAUACAGGUGAUGAUUGGAUGUAUCCAAAGCCUCUGCUGGAUUUAAGUGGCUGGAACUUACGAUGCAUGGAUUCAGGGAAUAUGCACCAUUUUGUUGGGGCCGAUUCUUCAUGUAUAAGUUGGGGCCAUGCUCAACAUGGAGAACUGGGAUAUGGGCCUAAUGCACAGAAGUCUUCAGCAGUACCCAAAAAGGUGGAUAUUCUUGAGGGCAUGCAUGUUAUGGGUGUUGCGUGUGGUAUGGGCCACUCCAUGGUCAUUGUUGAUGGAACAAAUGUUGGUGAACGACUUGACCAGCUUGAUAUAUACGAUGGAAAAGCUUCUGGUGAAGUAAAUGAGGAACCUGUAAAGAAAACUACAGUGCCUAAGCAGAGUACAAAAAAGGGUGCAAGAGGUGGUGACAAUUCCAAGAAGAAGCAGAAAACAAAAGAAUCGUCUGAAUCGGAGGAGGAGGAGGAUGAUGAUGAAGCAAGUGACGAUGAGGAACAAGUAAAUGGUGCGGCCAAGGGGAAAAGGAAACGUGGCGGAAAUAAUUCUGGUAAAGCGAAAGGUAAAGCUAGGGGUUCUGGCCCUGGGAGAAAUCGGGCUCCAGUAAAAACGGGUAGGAGGAAGACCCCGAAACUAGUGGUUGGAUUCGGAGAUCCCAUAGGCUACAAGCCUGGGUUUUAA